ACUUUACAGAGUUGUAGACAAGCAGCUUGUCACACUGAAACGGCACAUAUUAUGCUGAGAGAGUCAAACAGUUAUCAAAAUGGACCAGAGGUUGUUACUGAGAGUCAUCAUCGCUGAAGAUGAUAUAAGGAAGUUGACUUUAAAUAAGAGACCACAGUCCAUUGAAGAAUUCAAAGUGCAACUGGUGGAUAAACUGUCACUGCAGUAUGACUUUAAACUGCAGUAUGAAGAUCAAGACUUCAAUAAUGCCCUCUGCAAUUUGACUGAAAUAACUGAUUUACCUGAAAGAGCUACAGUCAAAAUCAUCCCUCUUGUGGCUCUCCAUUUAACAGCAUUGUCAUCACCCACCACAACAUCAGACACUGAGGGCAGCACAGCAGACACUGAGAUCCUGUCGCCUGUAGGAGCAUCACCAUCGCUAAGACAACAGUGGCCAGAGUUCUUUGACAUACCCAAUUUCUCAGUAGAUGUUGAGUAUAGGCUCAGACAGGCAGAUCUUGCCUAUAUGAAAGAUGAAACACAUAUGACUCUACCACGAGAUAUGAAGCAUGACAUACUAGAAAAGCUUGCUGAGACGAUGUACAGUUUCAAGGCUUACCCUGACGAUGAUAACUUCAGCAGUGUUGCAAAAGCACUGAUUAGCAAACACCCCUGCCUCACUGAGCCUGGACCACACAGAUGGUAUGGCUGGAAAAAUAGCCUUAAAUUUAAGAUGGCCAAUUAUCGCACAAAGCUUCGAAAAGCUGGAUGUGAGGAUGUAGCAAUCAAUGGAGGCAAAAGAAGUAAAGGCAACCCAGAGGGAGAUUCCUCAAGCAAGAAUAUCAAGCGGCCAAGAAGAGGUGAAGCAAACUACCUGCCUAACUUACCUGAAGGACAUGAUGAAACAAGUCUAGAAAAUGCCAGAAUGGUUUUAGUGGAAGAAAUAAAGAAAAAACAACCAAAUGGCACUCUCAUUUCACAAAUGAUGGACCAAUCAUUCCCACUACGCAGACAAGAAAUUGUAAAAAAGGUGCCUGCUGUACAGAACAUGGUUGAACGAUGGCCAGCACUCUUCAUAGAGAGACAGGUGUUUGCUGAGUUUAAUAGAAUCGCCAGUAAGAAUCUUGAGGGAGACUUCUUUGAGGCUCUGGACCAGUAUGCCCCACGUUUCAUUGAACUUUUCAAAACAAAAAAGGGAACUGUUGGCCAGAAACUCAGGGAGCUGAUGCAGCACAUGAGCUGGAUGACACCAGACGUCACAGUACUUCGCUCUGUUGUCCUCAAAGGCAUUCCCAUUUUACUCGGUGAUGACUCCAGUGAAUUCUACAAGACCUGCUCUGAUACAGAGAGAGACAAGGUCCUAGAAUCCAUCACUGUUGGUGUGCUGACAGUUGUCAGUGAAGAUAAUCCUCACGAGGGUCAAAGCUCAGUGGACCUCCAGCCCAUCUCCACUGCCAUCAUUCUGGAGGGAGUUAUUGUCAUGGAUCAUAUUAAAAACUUGCCUCAGGCAGUUUGUCUUUUGUUUGGUCUUACAUAUGCAUUGCAUUUGGAUUACCCAAAAUGCAUGGCAAAUACUCUCAACUUCAUUCAGACUGUGAUGCUUGGACUGGGAAAGAAAAACCUCCCACCAAAACUGUUAACUCUGAAGAACAGUCUUCUGGGUUAGAACAGUAAAGAGCCGUCGGCUGUCAGAUAGCACUUUGUAAGCUUUGCAGCCAUUAAUGUUCUCCUCUUAUCAGAGAAAGUUUGAUGCUUUCAUGCAACUGUUCUCACUUAUUUACGUUCUCAAAGGAAAAAAAAAGAAUAUUCCAUUAAAGUCUACCAUGUUAUGAAGGUAUGCUAAUGGUGGAAAUAAUGCCACGUUGUGUUGCAAUGAGUUGUUAGUUGUUUUUAGAUGAUAAUGUCAGAAAAUAACCUAGCAAGGUUAUCCUGUUUACAUUUGUGUUUUGGGAAAACUUUUCAUAGUUGUAAUGUAGUACAAACACAAACUCCAAGGAGUGAUGUUUUUAUUUGUGUUGGUUUAAUCCUUUGACUGCUCACUUUGGGAAACAAAAGCAUUUGUUGUACUUUCGGUUUUGAUCAGAAAUGCACUGAUUUUGCAUGCACUGAAGUCAUCCAGUAGUUACCUGUUUAAUAUUGGGAGACUGUUACAUGCAUAGAAUUAUCUCACAGAAAUGUUUUUAUUUAAUUAUUUUAUAUUUUUCCUUUUCAUUUUAUACAGUUGAACAAACCACAACUUUGUUGUUUAGCUGCUGUUUUGUACUUGAAUGUGCAUUGAAUAAAUUUUGUAAUGGAGCUGAAUCAA